AUGGCGGAAAAACUGGCGGAUAAAUCGGAUUUGAACGAAAUGUCCGAAGCUCCAUCACCAUUCGAUCUGCCAGAAGGAAAUCUUCAUGAAAUUGUGGACAACGUGGAUCCGAUCAAUCGCUCCGAUUCACCUACUCUUCCUGACAGUUCCGUGGGAGUGAAUGAGCUGGCGAUAAAGUUGGAUUCGAUGAAAAUGUCCGAAAGCUACAAGACUAUUGGCGUGAAAUACACAAAAUCAGUUGCUGAUAUGCCAGAUGUCGUAUGUCGCGGAAUUGUCGACUAUUCGUUUCCGGGUUUGAAUCCCAGUGCAAGAAUCUUCCUGGCCCAUAUCAGCUCCGAAUUGAAAAAUGUGAUCUCAUCAAAAAAUAUUGGCAUAAAGAAGUGUGAAAUGAGCUUGUACCUUGGGCGUUUCCAUCUCAGAAUCAAAGAUGAGACAAUUAAAUACGAUUCCGAUAAAAAUGGCUGUCGUGUUGGAGGUUCUGUGCCGACAAAAUGGAACUUAUCAGUCGAAAAAUCUCCGCUAGAUGCUUUGCUCGACGAUCUCUCCAUUAUUUUGGAGAACAAAAAGCUUCGAUUGGAUGAAUUCGUAGUUGUCGGAGCUGAUUUUUUGUCAACAGAGCAGUGGAAGCAGCUUGUGGAAAUUCUGAACAUAUGCUACAAUUCGGCUGGGCCAUUUAAUGCCAAGGAAAUCAACAUCACCACAGUUGGUGCUGAAAAAAUGAUUGAUUUGAUCGCUCGCUUCAAGCCUGGAAUUCUCGAAAAAAAUAGAAAUUGUCUGGCACUAUAUGCCAUCAAAUUUUUUAACUGAUGCUCUUUCCAUGUAUGACCUUGAUCAAUGGAAGCAAGCAAAAUCGGUGCGAAUGUCCAGUGGCAAUGAGGCAGCGAUGUCAUUUCCUCUCAAACAUCUCGCCCACUUGAACGAUUUUGUUGUAGGCUGGAACAUAUUCUCUGUAAAAGAUGCGAUGGAUUUGAAGCAUAUUGUUGAAAGAUCGGAAGUGUUGGAGUAUGGAACGUUCGUGAUUAAAAAUUCAAUUGGCAAAGAAAUUGUGAGAGUUUUCGACCCAGACUACAAUCAGGAAAAUGUCACGGAAAAUGGGGAUCUAAACUACACAAUUAACUCAUAUUAUAUUACCAUCAAAAAGAACCACGUGUCUGUGAAAAAGGGUAUUAAUUAA